AUGGUUGGAUCUGAAAAAGCUAUUAUUGAAAGCGAAAAAAUUACUGCACAACAAAUCGAACACGGUGAAGCCACGACUGAAUUGAAUGCUGAUGAGCUUCUGCUUCAAAAAUUGGGUUACAAGCAGGACUUGAACCGCUCGAUCUCCGCCUUUUCGAACUUUGCAAUUGCAUUUUCAUGCUGUUCUGUUCUAUCAGGUUUGACACCCAUGUGGGGCGACGCCAUGAUUGAUGCAGGCUCUAUGGGCGUCAUCUGGGGUUGGCUCAUUACAGCAACCUUCACAAUGCUGGUCGCCUUGUCCUUGGCUGAAAUUUGCAGUGCCUAUCCCACAACAGGUGGUCUCUACUUUUGGGUGUCUCGUCUUGCCACUGCUGAUUGGGUUCCUCUUGCCUGUUGGGUUACCGGUUGGUGUAACUGGAUUGGUUUAUGCUUUGGUAUCUCCUCAGUUGAUCUAGGUUUAUCUCAGUUUAUUGCUGGUGUCGUCUCUGUAUGGGAUCCUGAGGGUGAGCCUCUCUCUGUCUAUGCCCAAUACGGUAUCUUUGUUGGUAUUCUCAUCAUCCACGGUAUCAUCAAUUCAGUCGCUGUCAGCUGGAAUGGUGUUAUGAAUCAAGGGGCUUUCUUUGCCAACAUGCUUGGUAUUGGUUUCAUUGUCAUUGUUGGCCUUGCGCUUACCAAACCUUUAGCCUCUGGCGAUUUCGUGUUCACUCAAUUCUACAAUGGCUCUGGCUUUGGAAGCAACGGGUUUGCUUUCUUGCUCGUUAUUCUUCAAUCACAAUACACACUCUCUGGUUAUGACAGUGCUGCUCACAUGUCAGAAGAGACCAAAAACUCUCAAAGUGGCUCUCCAUUUGGUAUCCUUGUGUCCGUUGCUGCCAAUGGCAUUUCUGGUUUAGUCUUCUUGAUUGCUAUUAGUUUCAUGGUUACUGACUUUGACCGCCAAAUUCUCAGUGAGAAUGCCAUCCAACCUCAAAUGGUCCAAGUCUUUUAUGAUGGCGUUGGUCCUGCUUGGACCAUGGUGUUUUUGAUUUUUGUCAUGAUCAGUAUCUUCUUUUGUGGUUCUGCCUUAUUGCUGGGUAGUUCUCGUAUGGUCUAUGCUUUUGCUCGUGAUGGUGCCAUGCCUUUCUCUAAGCAAUUGCACACCUUGAACAAGAAGACCCAGAGUCCUGUCAAUGCUGUCUGGAUGAACGUGCUUGUCGCUGGUGUCGUCGGUAUUCUCUAUAUGAUUAAUAGUACUGCUUAUGAAGCUAUCGUUUCUGUCAACACCAUUGGUUCUCAAAUGUCCUAUUUGGUCCCUAUUCUGCUUCGUAUUACUACAUCUCGUACAAAGUUUGUGCCCGGUCCUUUCAGUUUGGGUAAAUUCAGUAUCAUUUGCGGUGUCAUCUCAAGCUGUUGGCUCUUCUUUACUUGUGCCUUGUUCAUUUGCCCUACUGAGGCACCCAUCACUCCUGAUAACAUGAACUAUGCAAUCGUUCCUUUCGCUGCCAUCAUGAUUUGCUCAAUGACUUACUUUUUCAUUUGGGGUCGCAAAUGGUUCACUGGUCCUGUUCGUGUCAUCGAUGGCCAAGAAGUCAUUCUUGAUGAUGAGUCUAUCAAUUCUGCUCACAUCAAGGAGUAG